AUGCACGAGCCCCCCACGAUGCUGCUCACAGAGUUUCGUGGCCAAUUCGAUCGGGCAGCCUUUACCGAGCGCCUGCAGCUUGUCAUUCAGGCGAAUCCUUGGCUGGCGGGCCGCUUGCGCAGAACUCAAGACAAAGGAGUAGUCGUAACCUGCCCGGAAAGCUGUGACACUGAGCGGCAUUUCUUCUCGUUGGCAGAUAUCGGGCUGCGGAUAGACUGCCAGCAGUACUCGGAGAUGGUUUCCAAGCUGAUGGCGUAUUCAAUCCCGGAUGGCAGCCAGUCAGUAGACAAGGAUCAAGUGUUGUUCACGGUGCUCCACACGGAGACGGGGGAUGGCAAGUUUGCCAUCAUCACUUCACUGUGUCACUGUAUCGGCGAUGGCUUUACGGCCUACCGCAUCUUUGGCAUGCUCAGCCACAACCAGCCGGUCGAGUCGCUGGACGCAGUCAGAAUCCCCAACUUCCAGCGCGCGGUGGAUGCUGCCAUCGGCCCCGUAGCGCAGGCCUUCAUGACCAGCCCCUGGUUCAUCGCUGGGUCACUGGCGUCCUGUCUGCGCUGGUCGCCCUUCAGUUGUGGCCUGGCUUGCGUGCGACCCGAAUGGGUCGAGGAUGCAAAGAAAGGACAUGAUGCCACGUCGGGUGUACCUUUCCUCUCCACGAACGACAUUCUUACGGCGCAUCUGUGCGACAAGUUUGACGCGGCUGGCGCUACAAUGGUGAUCAACUUUCGCGAGAGGUUGGAGCCGGCGACGCGGAAUCAUGCCGGCAACUACGAGUCUCUCGCAGUUUUCGAUGAGAGGUGCAAGAACCCAGCGGAAGUGAGAAGACUGAUGAUGAACCCGCCUGACUUCUCCGGCGGCAUGAUACAGAUGCCCGGCAUCAUGGACAUGCUCGCAUUUCGCUACCCGCUCAUCACCAACUGGCUCUCGAUACAGCAGGACCUCUGUCUCCCCAGCUGUCAGCAGGUGGUGCAUCUCCCUAUAUACAAGAUGGCAGGCCCAUUUUUUGCAGUUGGAGUGGUGUUCAAGCCGAACCCUGGCAAGAUCGCGGUUCUCUACGGCAUCCGCGACAGCAAGUGUUUCAAGGCGCUGCAGGAGUCAGCUGCAUUAGAUCAUUCAGCUCCCCUCGUGCAGUAG